GCGAGACAGCGAUCGAUAAGAAUUAGGUUUUGACACAAUAUCUCCCACAUUUUUCAAGAGCAGUGAUUCCUCCCUCCGAUCAGGACAAAAAUGUCAACUAAAGACGGAGGUGAGAAUCGAUUCCCACUGGAAACCCGAAACAUUCGAGAUCACAAAUGCAGAUUACUAGCUGAGAAAUUUGAAAUGAAGCGGAUUUUCCACAAAGCAAUGAGCAAAGAUAACAGUUUACCAGCUGAAAUGAGAGAUGAACAUCGUCUUAAGUUAUCAAAGUUGCCAAGGAAUAGUUCGUUCACAAGGAUUGUUAAUCGGUGUGUUUUUACUGGUCGUGCUCGUGCUGUUUAUAAGAUGUUUCGUAUGUCCAGAAUUGUGUUCCGUGAUUUGGCUGACAAAGGGGCUUUGACUGGUGUUAAGAAAUCUUCUUGGUAGAAGUAAAGCUGAAGAUUUAGUUUUCAGUUUGGUGGUGGUGGCGAUGGUUGAACAAGUAGGUUUCAGUUUGUUUUUUUUUGAAUAAAUCAAAACACUAGUUGGGGAUGUAUACCUACAACUGAAUCUUUACAUUUUCCCAGAAUGUUUUAAGGUUUGCUAAGUUUGUUAUCAUGUUAUUGAAGUUUCAAUACAAUUUAAGUUCAAUCAAUCUACAUAUGGAAAUUUCUUUUGAAAA